AUGGCGACAGACGAGCUGCAGUUUCUUGUGCACUUUAACCGCACUCUAUGCGUAUCGCUAGUAUCCAAUGCUGCUACAGUUAAACGUAUCGCCUCCUUUAUUGAACAGUAUGAAGGUGUGCCAUUUUCUCUGCUUGAUCUGUACGUUAACGGUCGCAAACUUGACGUGUCCAGUCAUGUGCCCGCCUUCCCAAGUAUCAUCCGGGCGCGACUGCGGGGCGGUCUACGCGGUGGAAAAGGUGGUUUUGGGGCCAUGUUACGCAGUAUGGGAAAAGCUUCAGGUGCUAAGGCUACGACAGACUUUGGCGCGUGUCGAGACCUGCACGGCCGUCGUCUGCGCCACGUGAAUCAGGAAGUGGCCAUGCACAAGUGGCGACAGAAUGAAGAGGCACGCAUCAAGCGGAAAAAGGAAGGAAUGGAGGAUAGAGAAGAACUGGAUGAAGAGACACCAAGCGGCAUUCCUGGCUGGUAUCUGGCCACGCCUUCGUGGGCGGAAGGAGUAAAAAAAUCUUAUAUGAAAAAGCGACGCAACACAGUCUUAUGCACAAGCUGGGUCAAAGCCAGAGAAGGAGGAAGUUUACCCCCACCAAAAGCUCCGCGAUGGUGGGGAUGUCCACGUGGACGAAACUGUGACUUUGCUCAUGGAGAGGCCGAGUUGCGUGGAGAUGGACUUGCGGAUUUUAAACGAGCCAAAAGAGAUGAGGCGCAGAGAGCAAAGCAGCAAGAACUGCAAGAAUAUCUGGACUUUGAACAGGAGAUGCCUGAUGACUUGUUGAAUGCAAUAAGAAGUGGACUUGGGCGUCGGAAAACCAAGAUGAACGACAAGAUUCAACAGGAACAGGACGCGCACGUGUUGCCGCCCGAUGCAACUACGUACAUCAGUGUGCGCUCGAUGCAGCACCCACCGCCAGUUGUAGAAAAGUGGUUGAAGCUUGUGGGCAAUGACAGUGAGGAUGAUGAUGCGAUGGCUAGUAUUGGAACCGUGUUUAAGCACGGGUUGUGCGAGCUUCGUGGCCGAGGUAAUUUUGGAACGGCAUCGGCGCGCCACUGCUGUGCAUUGAUCAAGGGUAAAUGGUAUUAUGAGGUUCGCCUUGUCACGGCUGGCAUUGUGCAGAUUGGCUGGGCCGACUCUACGUUUGAAGCAAACUCUGAAACGGGAGAUGGCGUGGGUGACCACGAGCGAUCAUGGGCUUACGAUGGUGCUCGGCGGGUUAAGUGGAACAGUGGCAAGGAAGAGGAGUACGCUACAGACGAUUUGUGGAGAAAGAACGAUGUGAUCGGCUGCCUACUUGAUUUAGAUGAGGGUACUAUUUCGUUUACUCAGAACGGCGUUAGCCUUGGUGUAGCAUUUCGUAAUGUGAAGCACACACCGAGCGACGAGGGCUUUUUUCCGGCUAUCAGCGUGGAGCAAACGGAAAUUUUGCUGGUAAACAUUGGCUCUCAGUCGUUCCUGUACAAGCCUCUUGGGUUUGAAGCGGUUGUGCACGCUUUGCAUGUUGAAGCUGCCGAUGAAUCGGCUACUUUCGUGACGAUCCCGAGAAACAUUGCUUCCACAACUACACGUAGGGAUUUGUCAAACAACAGUGAGAAUCCUAGUGCCCCGGUUUUGGCUACCAUGAAACAGAGUAAGGAUGGUCUUCCAAAGAAAGUGAAGACACCAAAGGAAUUGAAGAAGGUGACGACUCCUACUGAGCCUCCUGUUGACCUGAUGAAGUACGAGACUGUCGAGUCGCUCGAGUUACUGGGUUUAGAACGGCUGAAGCAAGAACUGAGUCGUCGCGAUUUAAAAUGCGGUGGUAACUUGACGGAGCGUGCCGCCCGUCUGCUCAGUGUUCGAGGUAAGAGUUGGGAGAACAUUGACGACAAACUUAAGGCCAAGAAAACGAAUGGAUUGGGGCCACAAGGGCAUAUGUAG